AACGGAGAGACAGAGGAACACUGGGAAACACAGGAGAAACAGGAAACACAGGAAAACACAAGGGAAGUCACUGCGGACACAAACGUGGUUAUGGCAAACCCAAAACAUCUGUAUUUGAUGACCUGGAAUGACACUUCAACCAUCAGCUGUCUCUCUGCAGAAUCACUCACCCCACCUUUGACAUAUUCAUACAUUAUCAUACAUUACAUACAAGUGCCUACUUUUUACAACCUAAGGCAAAAUCCUUUUCUUUACAAUAUUAUCUUCUAACAACUAAAGCAUGAUAAGAAAAAACAAAUAUGGUAAUUCUUAAGUGCUUGGAUGAUGGCUCAAAUCUGAUUAAGUCAACACAUGACGUGACAUGAAAACAUGUAACCACCAUCUAACCACACAUGAUACUCAGAAUGUGAUACCCUCAAAGCACUGAGCUCUGUAUGCAAAUCUUCAAUUUCCACGUGGUACAAAUAACGUAGAACAUCUGUCGCUUUAAAAAAAAAACAUUGCCUGUGAACAUAAUCCAGGCAGCAAAUGACCGUUUGCUAAACCCCGCCCCAUAUUUGUACUGUCACAUCUGUCAAGCUUCCUGUUCUCAUACAGAACAUCAAUAACUGAACUGUGAAGGCAGAACCUCUGGGUUUCCUGUUUAGAAUCCCACUGACUUUUGUAACUACACAAAUGCGCCAUAGGCUAAAUGUCACAUCUCAACAGAAGAGGUAGAGAAGCCCUACAUUAAGCUGCAGCCAUGGAUGAGAUGGACCUGCCCCAGAUGAAAAAGGAGGUGGAGAGCCUCAAAUACCAGCUGGCAUUCAAACGAGAGAAGUCCUCCAAAACAGUGACUGACUUGGUAAAGUGGAUAGAGGACGGCGUCCCAGAGGAUCCUUUCUUGAAUCCGGAACUGAUGAAGAACAACCCAUGGGUGGAGAAAGGAAAGUGCAUCCUUCUCUAGAAGAAAGCGACCACCCUACCAUAACCUUUCAUCUUAAAUCGUCCUGACCAACACGCACCCGCAGAUGACCCCCAAACCUGACCCUCCUGACCCGACCCGUGAAGGCCAUGGCAGGACCCCCUAACCUCUCACCGUGAAUGUACAACAGCUGAUAUCUCCCACCUUUCCCAAACACACAUCCCAACAAGGGCAGAAGAAAUCACACAGAGACACACACUCACACAACAUCACUCCAAACUUUGGGAUUUUUUUCCCUGACUGCCACACAUUCACUGCAAGUUUAUUCCUGCCACGGCAAUGCAUCAUCAGUACUAUGAUAUAUGAUGAUGAUGUUCAAUACUCUUAUUACAUGUCUCUAUAUGGAUGUAUGAUGACUUAUUUAUGCAGCUGCUAGUCACAAGCUUUCUCUCUUCAUUUGCAGUCUCACUGUGAGCGCAGCAUUUUUUUUUCUUCCAAUUUGAUCACUUAAAUAAACUGUAGAGUCACAUUCUCAAUGCCAGACUGACUGUAGAUCUGUUGGGUUUGUUCUGUGUAAACAAAUGAUCAUAAGACCAAAACUAAUUUUUCACAUUUAACUGAAAAUUAAUAGAAUGCACAAGUCUGUGAAUGACAAAAUAAUAUCACUGAAGUUGUUAACAGCUCACCAAAACUUAUCAAACUAUUUAUAGCAUCCCGUAAUGAUUUAUGAUUAAAUGAAGCUCAUUUAUAGCACUACAGUAUACACCAAGGAUUUGCUGGUAUUGGCUUACAGAUCAUGGUUUUAAUAGCUUAAGAUUUCCUAUGACUGUACUGUAUACAAUUUGCUUGAUGUAAACAAAGCAAGAUUCUUGUUCACCAUCAAGCUUUUCUGCUCAAUUUAGACGUUAUUACAAGUGUCUCACAUAUGGAUUAAAUGCAGAUGUGAUUGAAUUCACUUUAAUUGACACUUAACUACAUGCAUCAGCAAGAUCACAUGUGGUGAUGCAGCCUUACUGGAAAAAACCUAACCUAUUGGUUCUUAUGGUGCAUAUUGAGAUUCUAAACGUUUAACUUAUUAUUAACUCAUUAUGCAUAAUUAAAAACAACAGCACUGUUACAGAUCUAAAGAUAAGAUGAAUUCCAAGGAUUUUUGUUAUGCGUACACAAGCUUAUUUGUAGUCUGAAGUUUCAGUAUGCUUGAAACAAACUAGUUUCAUAUUCAGUGUGGUCAGUGUUUUAUUAGAACAUCAGAAGGCAAAAAAGUUGUUCCCAACUCAUAGGGACAACUGAGGCCUUGAAUGAAUUUAUGACAGUGAAUUCCCCGAAUGUGACUCCUACAGUUUUCAUAUUUACUUUUGAUAUCACAAAAAUAGCAAAGCAUGAUUAUCGCAUUUAUAUUCUGCAGUAUCACUAAGUCAGAAAGUGUCAUAGCAGCUCUGUUUGUGUUGUCAGAGCAGAAUGAAGCUAUGGUCCUCUGGAGAGGGUUUCGAGUUUACUGCUCCUUCUUCUCCUUAGCUACAGCCCCCGCGGAUGACACACACACACACACACACAAUCAACAUGCAAACGAAACAUGCACGCACACUAUUGCUCCACACAUGUACAGACGGACCCCUUUAACUUAAUAACUUAUUGAUUAAUAUGUAGUUUGUUUAUUUAUUUAUUUAUUCAUUGAUGAGAACUUUCUCCCACCUUAGUUUUUGUUUCCUAUGUCUGCACCCCCUCUUCCUCAUAUGCCACCUUGAAAGAACAAAAAGAGAAAAUGACCAAAAAAUCGACUACACCUUGCCAGAUCACCAUCUACUACUGCCUUGUACACAGUUUCCUUAAAACAAGAAUGUAAAUAUGCGGCAUGAUCACAGCUGACCUCAGAACUGGCCUGCGUGUGCGUGCAUGUGACUGUAAUUGUGUGUUUAUGUGUGCAUUUUUUAACUGUGCAUACAUUUGGAUGAUAGCAUUUGGAUGACAGGCUCCUUUGCAGAUUGUGAAGACACACAUAUACAUUCACACACAUGCAGUUACACACACAGGUAGGCCUGAGGCCGAGCAGAUCAACGAAACACACACGCACACACACACUGCUUAGUGAGUAUGUGUAUGAGAGGAGGAGUGGCAAGGAUGUGGGGUUCUCUAAAUGACUUGGGACAGGGGAGCCUCACAUCACCUCAGUACUGUAAUGAGUCUCAUUAUACACAUUUUCUUCAAGAUGACCCAUUUCCCUAAAGGCUACUCAGUGCUUGACUUUGCUUCUAUUAGAUAUAAGUGCAAAUAUUUCAUUUUCCUGUAUGUAUUAAACCAAAUAUGAACAAUUAUAUUGCCCAUGAUGAGCUAAAAAAUUGAUAAUGAUUUUAUCAAAUAUGCUCGCAUCUUAGACUGUGCGUCUUAUUUGCUGUAAUUUUUUUCUUUAAAAAAUUAUUAAAAAAUACAUUUGGGCAACACAAUAACAAAUGUGAAUGAAAAAUUGUGAAUUUAGGAUAACAGUAAGUAUAUAUGCAACAAAAUGAAGCCAAAUGGAACCAUUUCAGAAGCCAUCCAGAGGCAUGUUCAGCAUGUAUUCCCCAGUGUUAGACUCAAGUUUAUUGCUUCCUUCAUUUGAUUUUAGGAUUCAAAACCUUUUUAGCUCACACAGCACCAUUAGAAAACUAACAAAAUUGCUGUUUCCUACGGUCUCACAGAGGCCGAGCUCCAAAGGUACAUGAGAGGAUCCCUGAGUCUGCCUGUCCCUUGUCUGUUUUCUGUUCAGCAACUGUAAUUUUACUUGUUUGGUUUGUUUUUAUAUAAUCUGAACGUGCGUACGUAUGUAUGUUAUUACUAUUAUAAUGACAGCAUAAAAUCUUGUCUAAAUAUCUAGCAACAUAUUCCUUGUGAGAGUGCUUUGGGAAAAUUAUGCAUCAGAUCAAGUCCUAGUGUAAAGAUGACAAUGAGCAAUAAAUUAAAGAUCAUUUUUUAUUGAAUGUUUUACAAAAACAUCUAUCUUAUUGAAUAAAGUAGAAGAUUUUUAGACAGCUCGGUUGUUUUGGUUGGUUUGUAUGUGUUUUGUAUGUACCUGCUUUAGCAGUGUAUACUUUAAACUGCAAGUCUAGGAGGUGCCUAUUUCCAGACCUUUGAAUCACUGGUUCCAUCUCCCAUUAUCUAUGAUUUAAAUACUGUAAAUUUGGUGUUGUGACAGCUGUAGGUACCAGAGAAAAUGGGGAUGACAUCCUCCAUUGCCAGUGCCAGACAAAUGGCUAUAUCAAUGAAGUGACAGUGCAGUGAUAGUGACAGAAAUAUUGCCCCAAUAAUUAAAACAAGCAUGGAUGAAAUCAUCCAUACAGGUUGUCAAGUUGAAGUUAACAAAUCUUGAACUGGCAUAUUUAAACAUUAAAGAAGCUUUGCCUUGUUUGGGGUAAGAAAAUGCCCCCUCCAUUUGGAAAACUUUGCAUCUCACUUGGGCAGGUGGUAAAAUAAAAUUUAGCAUAAAAGGAGUGAAGCAUUGCACAUGGGCCUUACCGGUUGGGCACCCGUGAAAAAAUGGUGACG